AUGGGUCUAGGAAUAAAGGAUGACAAGUCUUUGGAUCACGUUCCGGGCACGGUCCUGCUCGACGACGAGACAACUGUCACCAACACGGGCAACUUGAAGCAUGGCAAAGGUCGCAAUGCCCACAUUGUACUCUCGCCACAGCCAAGCAACGACCCAAACGAUCCCUUGAACUGGUCAGCAUGGAAAAAAGAGCUGAUCAUUGUUAUUCUAUCGCUGGGAGCUAUGCUGAAUGCUGGAGUCAACGGUCCAUUGCUAAACGCCUCUUACUUUGGGCUUUCUCAGCAGCUGGACACCACGAUAACUACAGUUGUGUUGGCAUCUGGCUACAAUUUGCUAGCGGCGGGCUGCAUCGGACCGUUUGUCUGCGCCUUCGCGAGAAAGUAUGGCAAGCGACCGGUCUUCCUCGUGUCCACGCUCUUCAUCAUCGUCGGCACUGCCAUCGGGCAGGCCAAGGUCGACUACAACUACCUCCUCGCCGCCCGCAUCAUUCAAGGCUUCUCCACGUCCGCUUUCGAAUCCCUGAUCGUUUCCACCGUCGGUGACAUCUAUUUUGUUCAUCAACGCGGUCUGCGUAUUGCUGUGAUCAACUUCAUUCUCAACGCCGCAUCUAGUCUUGCAUCCAUCAUCUGCGGCAUCUUCUGCGUCUUCCAGUUCCUUCUCAUGUUCUUCUUCUGCCCGGAGACCACAUACUUGCGGGACACCCGAUACAACACCGAUCUGACCGGCGCUGAUGCGCCCGAAGUCAUGGGAGUCGAGAGUAAGCCCGACGUCGAAAAGCCAGUGGAGCAUGCGGAGCAGGACAUGAACGUACCGACUAAGAAGACAUUCGUUCAAGAGCUUGCAGUCUACACUGGCGUCUACUCUCAAGACUCCAUCUUCAAGUUCCUCCUGGGCCCAUUUCUAACUCUGCUCAACCCAGCGGCAUGCUACGCAGUAAUCGCCAGUGGUCUCCUCAACAGCUGGUACGUUGGCUCUGCGAUCAUCCUGGCUGGCAUUUUUGCGGGACCUCCUUGGACAUUCAAUGCAGCACAAAUAGGAUAUCUAGGAGCAGGUCCAUUCAUUGGUGGACUCAUUGGGUCUCUGGUCUGUGGUUUCUUCGGUGACCAUGUGAUCAAGUAUUUGACCCGGAGGAAUAAGGGUAUAUACGAACCCGAAUUCCGCCUCGUUUUCAUGCUCCCAUCCGGCAUCGCUUGUGGGUUAGGCAUGUUCCUGUUCGGAUACACUCUGUCAAUCGGCGCAUCAGCGUACCUUUGCGCCUUCCUGCAAGGUGUCAUGAUGGUCGGGGUGCUCAUCGGCAUCUUCAGUUCGCUAACCUAUGGCCUGGAUGCAUUCCGAAGCCAGAGUAACGAAAUCUUUGUGAUGAACAUGCUGUUUAAGAACUUUAUGUUCUAUGGUCUCUCCAACUUCGCCAACGAUUGGGUUGCCGCCAAAGGCCCACAGGAGAUCAUGUACGUUUUCGGAGGCACGUCUAUUUUCCUCUGCCUCCUUGCUCUACCAGUGUACAUUUUCGGCAAACGUCUGAGGGCCUGGUGGAGUCGCAACGACUUGUUUGUCAAACUCAACAUGACGACUAGUGGGCCUGCAGGCGAGAUGGGAUAA